GGUUUACAGAGUCUGCUGCUCUCAAGGAGGAGGGAAGCGAGGGAUUGGAGCCGCAAGUUUUUUUUUUCUUUUUCGUUUUUUUUUCUCUCUUUUUCUUAAAAGAGGAUUCUGUGUUUCCACGGUGGUUUGUUCUCCGCUCUCGCCGCAAAGAUGAUGGUCGGAGAGGUCGAAGUGAAGGAGCGACCGAGGCCGAGUCCCGACUAUUUGAUGCAAUUGUUAAACGAGAAGAAGCUCAUGACCAGUUUGCCAAAUCUCUGCGGCAUCUUCACACACCUAGAGAGGCUUCUGGAUGAAGAGAUCAACAGAGUGCGGAAAGACAUGUACAGUGACACAGUGAAUGGCCUUGUGGACAGACACCCGCUGGAGCUGCCUGAACCUAUGGGACCCAUCGUUCACCUGCAGGAAAAACUGUUUGUGCCUGUCAAAGAGUACCCAGAUUAUAACUUUGUGGGGAGAAUCCUUGGCCCCCGGGGACUCACAGCCAAACAGUUGGAGGCAGAGACGGGAUGUAAAAUCAUGGUGCGAGGCAAGAGCUCUAUGAGGGACAAGAAGAAGGAGGAGCAGAACAGAGGGAAGCCAAACUGGGAGCACCUAAAUGAAGACCUUCAUGUCCUUAUCACAGUGGAAGACACACAGGCCAGAGCUGAGAUCAAGAUGAGGAGAGCGGUGGAGGAGGUCAAGAAGCUCCUUGUACCUGCUGCGGAGGGAGAAGACAAUUUGAAGAAGAUGCAGCUGAUGGAGCUAGCUAUCCUAAAUGGGACAUACAGAGACAAUAAUGUCAAAACACCCACCCUUGCGUUCUCUCUUGCAGCGGCAGCAGCAGCCGCUCAGGGCCCCCGCCUCAUAGCGGCCCCCACAGGUCAGGUGUUGCCUCCCCCGGCACUCCGGCCCCCAACACCAGCUGGGGCCCCCAUCAUGAACCUCAUCCGGCCCACUCAGAUGGCUGCCAUGCUGCCCAAUGGCACCCCCACCCUGGUGCCUCCCACACCGGAUGCCGGGCUUAUCUACACCACCCCUUACGAGUACCCUUACGCCUUGGCACCCACUUCCCUGCUGGAGUACCCCAUCGAGCACAGUGGGGUUCUAGGUAAGAGAGCCUGGGGAAGCAUGGGUGCAGCAGGUACAGCGGCCAACUUUAGCCAGCCUGGACAGGAGGGCAGCUUGUUUUACCCCGGAGCUGGGGUGCUGGACGCGGCUUCCAUGAGCCACAGUCAGGACUUGUUGAAAGGUGCAAUGGCUACUAAAGUGAGACGGCAUGACACGCGGGUCCAUCCUUACCAAAGGAUUGUGACCGCUGACAGAGGUCAGUUUAGUCUCUGAGCUACACUUUGCUAUUGACUGAUGCAUUUCAAUGAUUAUUAUGCCUAAUAUGCCUCAAUGCCUUAGUUGGGAAUUUGUACAUUGUCUGUGUUGUAUUAUUUUUUUUGUUUGUUUUCUUCCCCCCUACCACCUCUCCUACCCCAUACAUCCACACACCAGCUAAAUGGUUGAUUGUGGUAUGCACAUUUUGUUUACAUUUAGUACUUAACAUAUACCAUAUAUGUAGACUGUGUAUAUGUCAAAGCUCAGGCAAAAGUGAUCUUAAAAGGUUUUGGUUUAUGCAGCUGUGAAGCCAGGGCAGGUAGUUCUUUGCAGGCAGUGUUGAAGGUGUUUAAUGACAUUCCUCUGAUGUGAGAUUAGAGCCUAAAAUGGGGCAGGCUUGUUCCCAUACAUGAUUUAUCUCCUCGGCUCAUAAGGAGCAAAGAAAAAGGAGAAGCAUUUCUAUACUGUAUCUGAGAGAGAUAGCAGGCAGAAGAUAAGUAGCCAUGCUGCUACCAGGCACCAUUUCACCUUUGAAAUUUAAAUUUAUUUUGGAUUUUUAUUUUUCUAUGGAAGAUAGACACGCACAGACAUAAGCUGAGGUAGCUUGCAUUCUCUCCAAUGUAUUGCAAAUAUAUUGAAAUAAAGCUAAAAUACACUUUUAAUA